AUGCCGCACUUCCUGGACUGGUUCGUGCCCGUAUACCUGGUCAUCUCCGUGCUCAUCCUGGUGGGCUUCGGCGCCUGCAUCUACUACUUCGAACCUGGCCUGCAGGAGGCGCACAAGUGGCGCAUGCAGCGCCCCCUGGUGGACCGUGACCUCCGCAAGACCCUGAUGGUCCGCGACAACUUGGCCUUCGGAGGCCCAGAGCUCUGGGUUUAUCCCCCGCUGGCCUCCAGUGCCUUUGUGCUGCCCAGCACUCUCGCCCCUCGCCUGGAGUCAGGCACCGCUGCCCCUGCCUGUCCUAAGUGUCUAGAUUCCCACUUCCCCACUGAAUCCCCGGUGACACUCAACGGCCCGCUCCACCCGAGGAGGCAACCUCCCUGCAGCCUCACAUGGCAGGCUUCAAAGCUGACCCAAGGGAAAGGCCCUAUUUGGAGGGGUGUCUGCUCCUUCCAGUUCAGCCCCACCCCUCUGGACUCAGACUUGGCAAUGGGCAAGACCUGCAAGGAUCACAGCUUUGAGAUGCAGCAGCAUGGAGCCCCCAGCCCUGGAAACUCCCUCUCCCGCAGCCACCUGCUGGGACGCCCUGCCCGCUCCUCAAAGCUCCCUGGAGGGGUGUCACCCCUCAUCCCUGUCCUCAGGAAAACCAUCCAUCUGGAUGCCUUCCCUCAAAGCCACAUCCCACAGGCUUCCGGCCGACCGGGCCCGGGAGCCGGAGCCUGGAGUGUGUCCUCACCGGAGACCAAGCCCCGGAAACUCAGCUCCACCUCCUUAACACUCCGUCAGAACAGCCAGGCAUGGCCCUUGGGCCCCCUGCCUUCUCACUGGGAAGAGCUGCCCGCCCCGGGCAGGGAGGCUGCCACCCAUGGAGGAGGGAGGCUGCCCACCCCAGCCUCACGAUCUGUCUCCCUAGUGCCAGGGGGCAGAGUCCACUCUGAGGGCCCAGGGAACCCAGGAUUGGCCAAACCCAGCAGGAUGCCCAUAGUGGAGAAGCCCCUGGUGAGUUCCUACCUGGCCCUGCCAUUUCAAUCCCGGUUAGCCCAGAAAUCACCAGGCCCUGCAGGGCCAGGCUCAGUGGGUCAGAAACACCCUCUCCCAGUGGCUGCCCACGUGACUACCAGAACUUCUCCAGGAAGAGGCAAGCCCCGGUCCAGGGGUAUCCCAAGACCCCAGCUGCAUCUCCAGAGGGCCACCUCCACCACGGGUCCUGCGACAGCCAUGGAUUUGGCUCCUCUGGACACAACCAGGCCAGGCAUAGUCAGACAUGUCACUACGAUGGUCACCAACAGGCCUAGUUUGACUAUCAAUCUGGCCGCACCAAGCACAUCCACAGUGGAUACAGGCACAGAGUUCCCUGCUCUGGAUACCAAGCUGGGCACAGCCACGGACUUUGCUACAGAAGGCACAACCAAGUUGGACACGGUCAUGGAUUUGGUAACCCCAGACCCAGAGAAGCUGGGCAAAGCCAUAGCUACAGCAGGCACAGCCAAGUCAGAUACAACCACAGGGGGUACAGCCACGGAUUUGGUGGUACCAGGUGCAGUCAAGCUGGGCACCACCAGGACAGACACAGCCAUGGCUUUGGCUAGAGCGAAUACAGCCAAGCUAGACAUAACUACAGAUUCUUUUGCUUUGGACACAAGCAAGCUGGGCACAGCCAUGGGGGAGACCACACUGGACAGAGUCAUUAACCUGACCACAUCAGCCACCUACCCACUGAUGCCAAGCAGAAGCACAGACCCAGCCCCGGACUGUGCUACUGUGGAUGCUGUGACAGAUGGGACCACAGAGCCCAUCAUGCUGGACCUAGCCAGAGAAACCAAAGGGCUCCCGGAGGCCAGGACGGACGCAGCCAUGUCAGAGCUGGUGCCUGAGCCCAGGCCUAAGCCGGCAGUGCCCAUGAAACCUGUUAGCAUCAACUCAAACCUGCUGGGCUACAUUGGCAUCGACACCAUCAUCGAGCAGAUGCGCAAGAAGACCAUGAAGACUGGUUUCGACUUCAACAUCAUGGUGGUCGUGAUAGAGGAAGGCGGGGUCAAAAUGAAGCUGACGGUCAUCGAUACCCCGGGCUUCGGAGACCAGAUCAACAAUGAAAACUGCUGGGAACCCAUCGAGAAGUACAUCAAUGAACAGUAUGAGAAGUUCCUGAAGGAGGAGGUCAACAUUGCCAGGAAGAAACGCAUCCCUGACACUCGUGUCCACUGCUGCCUCUACUUUAUCUCCCCCACGGGACACUCCUUACGACCUCUCGAUCUGGAGUUCAUGAAACACCUCAGCAAAGUUGUGAACAUCAUCCCUGUCAUUGCUAAGGCUGACACCAUGACCCUGGAGGAGAAGUCUGAAUUCAAGCAAAGGGUUCGAAAGGAGCUUGAAGUAAAUGGCAUCGAGUUCUACCCACAGAAGGAAUUUGAUGAGGAUUUGGAGGACAAGACGGAGAAUGACAAAAUCCGGCAGGAGAGCAUGCCUUUCGCUGUGGUGGGCAGCGACAAGGAGUACCAAGUGAAUGGCAAGCGGGUCCUCGGCAGAAAAACUCCCUGGGGGAUCAUCGAAGUGGAAAACCUCAACCACUGUGAGUUUGCCCUGCUUCGAGACUUUGUCAUCAGGACCCACCUCCAGGACCUCAAGGAAGUGACACACAACAUCCACUAUGAGACCUACAGGGCCAAGCGGCUUAAUGACAACGGAGGCCUCCCUCCGGGAGAAGGCCUCCUGGGCACUGUCCUUCCACCCGUGCCAGCCACCCCCUGCCCCACUGCUGAAUGA